AUGCGUCGCUAUUGGUUCACCGUUUGUAACAAAGGAGGAGGGCGGUGGGUGGGUGACCCCUGCUUCGCUGCCGUGACCCGGCUGGGCGUCCCCGCCCAGAACGGCUCCUCGGGCCCGCCCCCGCCUCCCCAGGGACGGCAGGUGUGGGUGACGGAGGACACGGUGACCAACGCUGAGAAGCACUCUGGCCAGUUCUGCUUGCUGCUGGCCGCCUCCACCCGCGAGGACCGGCUGCGCGACAAGGCCGACCGACUGGUCAAGCAGCUCGUCGACUGCGCCCACGCGGAGAACCCGGAGACGCGGGCCGCCGAGGCACUUCGCAAAGUGCAGGAUAACCGGCGGGCCGAGGUCGAGAGGCUGGAGACCAAGGUGGUCAACCCCCUGAAGCUCUACGGGGUGCAGAUAAAGCAGACCCAGGCUGAGCUCAAGAAAUUCAAACACGUCCACAACAAUGAGCUCAAACAGCUGGAAAAGCUGGAGAAACUGAGGCAGAAGCCCCCUUCAGAGAGACAGACCAUCUCCCAGGCGGAGACCAGCGUGCAGAGGGCCUCGGUGGAUGCCAGCAGCACCUCCCAGCAGCUGGAGGAGACGAUGGACGCUUAGGAACAGAAGCUGAAGGACCUCCAGAAGAUUUUUUCGGACUUUGUGACCAUUGAGAUGGUCUUCCAUGCCAAAGUGGUGGAGGUUUAUUCCAGUGCCUUCCAGACCCUGGAGAGCUACGACCUGGAGAGAGAUCUGGAGGAUUUUAGAGCCAAGAUGCGUGGAGUUUAUGGGCGUUAUGACGCUCGGCUGCUCACGGACACCACCCUGUCCCCGGCUGUCCCGUGGUUUCUCGCCCAGAGCACCCAGAGCACCAUACGGAGCCAGAGAAAAGCAGCAGCCAGUGAGGACAACUCUGCCGAGGAGGGCCCCAUGGAGGACCUCAGGGGACAGGGGAAGGGGCUCCAUCAGUAGGACGAGAACUCCCCAGUCAGGAAAAGGGGGCUGAGGCUGGAUGCUCAGAGGCUCUGCCGUGUGCAAGUCCCGUGUCCUCUGAGUCCCGCUUUCCUCAUCUGUAUGGCAGGAAUCAUAUCACUCAGCUCACAGGCUGCUCUGGGGGUCAAGUUGCCCAGAAGGACACCUGGUACAUAGCAAGUGUUCAAUAAACGUGGGUGCAUCUCACCCUGACUCCUGCUGGGUCUCAUUUCCUGUCUUAUGACUGGCCUUCGGGGUGUUUAAGCCUGUGUUAACGUGUGUUACCGAACCAAACUCGGGUCCACUUGCCUGCGUGCAGUAAAGCCAAUUUACUGACACCGGGUUGUAGUGAAGGAAGGACAGGAUUUAUUGCAGGCUCCAAGCAAAGAGUCCAGGCAGCUGGUGCUCAAAAGGUCCCAACUUCCCGAUGACUUUCAGGAAAGGUUUUU